GUCUGCUGGAGCAAAUCGUUACUGAUCGUUACCGCCCGGGGCUUCCGGUCGAUCCGGACAGAGUAUAUAGAACACCGAUCCGGAUUUGUUGGUUUUGCGACGUUCCUGAACGUUCUUUCCCGCGAUUCGUGAACGAAUUCUGUUGCUUGUUAGCUCGCUGGGUGGUCGCUCUUGCUUGCUCUCCUGCUCAAAUUGUUGCCUACGCUUUUAUCUCUUUUUGAGACCUUUGUGAUCAUACCCUAUCAAAGAAUGAAUAUUUUUGCCCUGCUUCUGACCUUGCUGCUGGUUUUCUCUGCAUAUAUUGUUGGAUGUGAAGGCCUGCGAUGCCAUGAGUGCUCUUCUGCAGACCACACUGCCUGUGAGGACCCAUUUGACAAGGACCGUGCCAAAGCAGCUGGCUUUCUCGCAUUAUGUGAUGAGCCCACCAAGCAGGGGCAGCGGGUGCUCUGUCGGAAAACACACCAGACAGUCCUGGGCAACGUGCGCAUAAUCCGCUCGUGCGGCUACGCCAACCACAGCGAGACUUGCGUGGGCUCCCGCAAUGCGGAGGUGGUGGUUCGCUCUUGCCAGUGCUUCAAGAAAGACGGAUGCAACGGAGCGACUACGAUGACAAUCGCUGGCACCGUGGUGGUGCUGGCUGCCGCACUGCGCGCCAUCUACUGAGCGUCGCCAUAAGCUGGAGUUCGGAGCCCUGCCAGUAGGUUAUGUUUGUGUAAGAUGUUGUUCCUAUGCUGCUCCUAAGAUCACAAUGUUCGUUUAGGAUGUGCUGUUUUGUUAUCGAUCUCACCAUGUGAUAUUUUGCUACGCCAUAUUUACUUGUGGUUCAUUUUUCCAAGUCAAUCAGGUGUCUUGCAUUUGAAUGUGAUAAUUUUGUCGAUAAGUUUGUAAACGAUCUUUCAGUGUCAUAUGUCGUGUGUUAGGAUAUUUGAGUGAUCUCACACCUGUGUUUCGUUCAGUGCCGGGGCUCCGGAGCUCACAGUCAAACGUAGUGUCCAGAAACGACGACUAGACUGGCUUGGUAGCGCCGUGUCUGUAGCCUCUCGGGUCGAUGUUGCUCACACACCCUACUCUAGUCAGAUGCUCUUCCACUUUGGCCAAUAGAUUUUAAAUGGAUUCUUGCAGUAGA